AUGUCUGGCCCGUACUCGGCCGUGUCCUACUACACCAUGCCCAUGGCUGUACCCUCCAAACCGAAUCAGUACCCUGCCUACAGCCAAUACUCCAUCUCCCCCCCCGAAUGCGAGGACUCGGUGAGCUCGGGAUCCGGGGCGCCGCCCUCCUACACGUGCAGCGGAUACUCGGUCACGUCGGCCAGCUGCGUCGGCCACUCCGGAACCGACUAUGACAGCACUCGUUCGGCGAGCGGCCUUGAUUUUCAAGAGUACAUGCAGGACCGAAUCGCCAACUCGUUCGACCCGAUUCCGUUGGAUCGUAGCAUCGCAGUCCAAGCACAAACUUCAGGCAAGCUCAACGCCAAGCAUCGCGAGCUUGUCGAGUUGCAGAAACAGGCCCAGGCUCGUCUCGCAAAAACCCGUGAGCGCUUCCAGGAGGGAAUGCGCGAUGCUCGAGAGGUGCGCGGAGAUUUGGAAUGGACGCAGAAGAAAGUUUCAGCGCUCCAAUCGAAAGCCGCUCGCAAGUACCCGAAGGAGUACGCCAAAGCUCGUGCGCGAUACCCAUCGCCCGAGUAUUGA